UGCACUCAGCUGAACAUGUGGACGACUGCUGUUCUGCUCGUGGCAUGCCUCUGGCUGCUUUGCCAGCUAUUGAUUGUUUCUGCGGCAACGCCAUCGGCAAUCUGGAGCCUCAAUCAACUGGGCGCUUACUUCAAUGGCAUCUUUCGCUCGAUUGUGGGACCGCUCUUUGGGUUUGGUGAUGGUGCCAAUAAUAGCACAAGUAAUUAGUCUGUUACCUAUUUUGAAUUUUUUUUCCUUCUUGCAACGCUUACCGCACCAAUCCAAAAGGCACCGGCAACUUCUCCACGAUGUCCACGGCACAAUCGCUCAGCUGCUUGAGUAAAUAUUGAGCUGCAUAGAAACCGGCGGGGCCAGCGCCGACAAUGCAAAUUCGCUUUGUGGCACCUGUUGUCGCCUGUUGCACAUUUUGUGUUUUAAUUGCACUUGUACUAAAGUUAUUGCUGUAUAAGUUUAAUAGUAAUUUUCGUCUCGAAUAUAUAAAAUUGCGCAUUAAA